GUAAAUGCUGAAGGUGUUGAUCUUCAGGCGGCGUUUUAGAAUUGGCCGUUACACUACCUAGAAUGUAAAGAUGCUAAACUGAGGGACUGACAUAUGAUGGAUUCUCAGUGGGAGGCGCUAUUCAACUACUCGGGUUCAUCGCCUGACCAUCCGUAUCUCCCAAACGUUUCGAAGCCUGUUUACAUACUGGGAUGUAAAUAUGACUCCAAAGAUGACAGGGAAGAAAUUGCCCAUCAUUUAAAAUCUAGAUUAUGGAUGACAUACCGAAAGGGUUUUUCUCCAAUUGGCAGUCGAAAUGGGCCUAAAUCAGACGCAGGUUGGGGUUGUAUGCAUCGGUGUGGGCAGAUGGUUCUUGCGGAAGCGAUGUUGAGAUUUCACCUUGGAAAAUCCUGGAAAUGGAGUACUGAACAGGAAAAUCCUGAAUAUUAUCGUAUUUUGCAAAUGUUUCAAGAUCGUCGAUCUGCACUUUACUCAAUUCAAACUAUAACACUUACAGGUGUAUCAGUUGGUAAAUCUAUUGGCAGUUGGUUUGGUCCUAACACUGUUGCACAAGUAAUCAAGAAAUUGUCUGUCUACGAUCGUUGGACAAAUCUCUUUGUUCAUAUUUCUGUUGAAGAUGGAAUUAUUAUAGAUGAAAUCAAAUCUUUGUGCUGUCAACGUCGAUCCUAUUUCAAUUUCAAUAAUGAUCUGUCACACAAUGAGAAUAAAAACGAGCCGAACGAAUCAACAAUGCAUAAUUCUGAUGAGAAUGCUAUUGAUGCCGGAGAGGAGUCGGACUCGUCAACAUCCUCGUUUAGUUGUCCGUUUGUUCAAAAUAUUUCAGAAUUAAAUCAGAGUUGUGAUUGGAAUAAAGAAGCACUUCAAAAGUGUAAUUAUGAUACAGAUUUAGUUGAUUUACAAUCUCAACUCCAGUUACCUGUGACUAGAGAAGUGGAUGACAGUUGCAUUGAAAUUGUUCUACCUCCAACAUUCACAAAUUCCACAUGUACAAAUCAAGUGAACGAUGCAAAUAUUACUUCAGCUACAUUAUCAUCAACUAAUUGUGAAGUCAAUAAAACUUCUCCUUCUUUCGAUAAUUCUACUAAUAAUCAAUCUGAGGAAAAUGGUCAACUGGUAAAAAAUGAAGAGAAUCAACAAGGCAAUAGUGAUGAUAAUAAUGACAGUAAUGCGGCUACACAACAUGAACCUUUGUCGUCUACACUAACUUCACCCCCAUCCAAUUGGAGACCGUUAUUAUUAUUUGUCCCUCUUAGGCUUGGAUUACAUAAUCCUAAUCCAUGCUAUUUUAAUGCUAUUAAGGCUGUGUUUCGUGUACCGUAUUGUAUUGGAAUCUUGGGUGGAUCACCGUGUCAUGCUGUUUGGAUUGUAGGCGUUGUCGGAGAUGAUGUGAUCUGUUUAGAUCCGCAUACUACACAACCUGCAGGUCGUGGUAACUUGAAACCAGAAUACGAUCAAACAUAUCAUUGUGAAAAUCCUAUACGUAUGCCACUGAAACGAUUGGAUCCUAGUAUGGUGUUAGGGUUUUUAUGUUCAACUGAGAAAGAAUUUGAUGACUUAAUCAAUAAUUUAAAAGAGGAAGUCUUACACCCUUCUGUGGCUAGUUCAUGGCCUUUAGUAGAGAUUCAUACAACACGACCGGCUAAUCUACCACCACUUCCAUCUUCAUCAAAUCCAUCCAAUGAUCUCUUGAUAUCUGUCUACACAGCAGAUAAUGCUAUUGGUGACUGUGGUGGUAUUGAUAAGAAACAUGACAUCGCUGGUAAAGAUCAAACAAUUACAGAUGUAGAAUGUGAAAGUAAAUUAAGCGAAGCAGUUGGUGCUGUCAAAACUCUAUGGUCGAAAUGCAAUCAAAUGGCUGGUGAUACUGUUCGCAGUUUAGCGAGUGUACCACAAAGACUUGUUAAAGGUUCUGAAUACGAGGUGGUUUGAAGAAAAAGGGCAGAAUGAUAAUGGAGAGCAUAUUGCAUGUAUAUAUAUAUAUAUAUAUAUAUAUAUAUAUGUAUAUACAUAUAUAUACGCUAUUCACUUGGUGGAUUCAAUAAAGAAUUUAAAAGAUUUUAAACACACGAGAUGAUAAACAUUCUACAUAAAUUUACUUUUAUAUAUACAUUUAUCUUAACGAUGAAAAGAAACAAACAAUUAUAAUGGUGAUAUUCUAGAUUAUUGUAAUUUUUGCCCUACUGUUAUUCCUCUUAUGGUUAUUGCUGUUAUUAUCACUAUCAUUAUUAUUAUUAAUAUUAUUCUUUUCUUUUUGCCUAACACGCCUUCACUUUCACCUAUUUUUGUCCAUUGUGCAGAUACUGACAGGUGUAAACUGUGAUGUCAGUCUUGUGUAUCGUUACUUUUUGUCUUUUCUUUAGUUUUCUACAGGAUACCAUUAUUACACUGCUUACAAUACCUUACGUAAUUUUUUUUUAUUCAACUGAACAAGAAAACCUUGGUUCUUCUUUCGCUUUUCCUCUUUAUACCCACGUACAGGAAAGGAGAUGAAAGAGGUAUUUAACUUUUCUUUACUGAAUUUAUCGUUUUAUGUCUUAAUUCCUCUUUUUUUCUCUCAAAGUGAAGUGUUGUUUUCUGCUUCCAUCUAUAAACAACAACAAAAAAACAAACAAACACAGAAUACACUUGGUUCCAAUCACCUAUUCACUGACGCGUCGUUCACAUGCACCCACCAGCAUAACAGCUAUUUCUGCAAACAUCACAGUCUAUUGUUUAAUGUGAUACUGAAAUUUUUUUAUAAUUAUGUCCAUUAUUAUUAUUAUUCUUAUUAUUAUUACUUUUCUUAUUAUUUGACAAUUACAAAUAAUAUGCGUGUAACAGAUAAACACCGGGACUUGUUUGAUACAAGCUUGUUAAUUCUUUUAUCUUUCAGACUAACUAUCGUCUUUUCUUUUGAUUUCAGGUGAAUGGUGAAUGUGUGUUGUAGCAAACUUAAUUUAUCGUAUAAAAGUAUUCGCU